UUAAUGCUCAACUUCAUAAAAGAACCACUAAUUUUGGACCAUGCCCUGUAGAUCCGCCUCCACCCCAAUUCACUAUAACUCUUUCACCUGAUCCUAUUGUUCCCGGGAAGAAUGUCGAUGUUACUCUUACUGGGAAACUAGACGUGGAUGUACCCGCAGAUUCAGAAGAUAUAAUGCAGUUUCCAUUCCUUGAUGAAACCUUUGUCCCAAUAGUUGACCCAUUUACUGUAGGUUUAUGUAAUGCUACGGGAAUUAAAUGUCCAAUUCAAACAGGAACCGAAAUUAGUACAACAGUGUCAGUUCCAGUACCAGCCGCAAGUGACAUAACUGUAGGAACCACAUUUGUGGUUGCUAUUAUUGAUGAGACUGAAGACUUUAUCGA